AUGGAAAUAAAAUGUCCCCUUAAGUAUAUAAAGAAUAAAUACAAUAAUAAAUAUAUUGGUCUUUUUUUGAAUUUAAAAGGUUUUGUUAUGUAUCUUUUGGUUAUCUCAUUAUAUUUUUUCUUUUUAUUUUUGACAGAAAUACAAAAUAAAUGUAUUGCAAAAGGAUGCGUAAAUAUUAUAUGCCCAAGAAAAUUAGCUGAAAGUAAUAUAGCUAAUGAGAGAUCGAGUUAUUCCUUCUUUAAUCGUUUAUUUAAAAAAAAAAAAACAAAAAGACAGAAAAGAAAAAUAGAAGAUGAGAAAAUAGAAAAGGAAGAAACAGAAGAAGAAAAAAGUAAAAUUAAAAAGGAAUCAAAAGAUAUAACAAAUGAAAAUUCUAAAUAUGAAAAAAAUCAAAAUAAUUUAAGAUGUCAAGAUAAUAAUAAUAUAGUGAGUAGAAUAUAUGAUAAUGGUAUGAAUAAAAAGGAAUUAUUAUUUACUGAAUAUAAUAAAAAAGAUGAUUCAUAUAUCUAUAUGAAAGUUAUAGAUAUAACACCAAAUAAGAAUAAUGAGAAUUUAAAUGCUAAUGUGGAUGCCAUAGUUCCUUGUGUAAGUGAAUUAGAGAAACGAUUGAAUUCGGAAAACAAAAUUAUAUAUAAUUGGGAAUUAGGAAAUAAAACUGUAAAUGAAUUUCUUGGUCAUGCAGAUAAUUUUGAAAUGAAUGGAGUAAAUUAUUAUGAUUGGAAAUUAACUACUAUUCCAACAAAAGGUUAUAAUACGGAGAGAGGUAGGGGCCACGAAAUGUUUAAAGCAGUUAUUCCUUCGAAUGGAGGUGAUAAGAAGGAUGAUAUAACAUUAUUUAUUAAGAAGAUACCUAUAAAUUUAUGGAUAAAACAAUAUGAUUUAAUGAAUAUGUUAUAUGGAGAAUAUUUGAUGGGUGGAGAAAAUUUUGUAAUGGAAGUUAUGGUAUACGCUUUUUUAACAAAAUAUUAUCCAGGUAUAUCACCAAAAUUGUAUAAAGUAUUAUUUGUACCAGAAGAUAGGUGUAACUUUUUAAAUAUUUCAACAUCACAUAUGAGUAAGGAUAUUAUUUCAUUUAAUUAUAUAUUAAAUAGGAUGUUAAUAAAGAAUAUGAAAGGAUAUGUAGUAAUGGUUUCAGAAUAUUAUGGUAAGGAUACCUACAAAUAUUUAAGAAAAAAAGGGGGAAUAUAUCGUGAUAUUAGUGAAAAUGAAAGAAAAAAAAUAAUACAUGAAUGGAUAAAAUUAGUAAGUAGGUUGCAUGAUACUGGGUUGUCUCAUCUUGAUAUAUCUCCUGAAAAUACAUUAAUUGGUGAAAAUCACAAAAUGCGUUUAUGUGAUUUUGCUAAAAGUACACCUUUAUAUACAUAUUAUUUGAGACAUCGUAAGAAUCCAAAUGGAUUAUGUUUAUUUCAAUCUUGUUGUCCCACCGUUGGAAAACCAAAAUAUGAACCACCAGAAUGCGUAGAUCUGUGGAGAAAAUUAAAAGAAAUGAAAAUUAAUAACGCUUUAAUGCAUUUAAGGAAUAUAGAAGAUCAAGAAGAAAGGAAAAAAUAUUAUUUUGAUGUUGAAUGUGUUGAUAAAUAUAUGCUUGGUAUUAUGUUAAUAUGGAUAUGGGAUUACAAAUAUUUAUGGAAUAAAGCUGAUUCUUUGGAAGAUAACGAUUUUAUAUUAUUCAAGGAGAACAACAUGAACUUGGAUAUUUUCCCAACAACGCAAACUUGGCCAGAAGAAUUAAAAUAUAUAAUAUCACAAUUGUUAGUAUUAGAAACACGGAAGAAUUUACAGUUCAAGGAUUUAAUUAAUCACCCAUGGUUUUCAUGUAAUGAGUAA